CACGGGUUAGGGAUACAAGGGAGCUGGGCGUGCUGGGGACUCGGGAGCAAGGAGCCGGUGCAACGCCCGACCGGGAGCUUGCCCCACCACGUGACCACACAGAAUUCGAAAACUAUCGCGGCACAAAUUUGCUGGUGAUUGCAUUCCCCUACCUCGGACUUCAACCAAGUUUAGGACAACGAGUGCCGGUACUGCACAAAGUUGCCCAUCAUGUCUCUGGUGACGGGCGAGAAGAGCAAUUUCAACCACAUCUUGCGUCUGCUCAACACCAACGUUGACGGCAAGCAGAAGGUCGUCUACUCCUUGACUAAGAUCAAGGGUGUUGGUCGCCGCUACUCCAACCUCGUCUGCAAGAAGGCCGAUGUCGACCUGAAGAAGCGCGCCGGUGAGCUCACCUCUGAGGAGCUUGAGCGUCUGGUCACCAUCAUCCAGAACCCCACCGCCUACAAGAUCCCGGCUUGGUUCCUCAACAGGCAGCGCGAUAUCGUCGAUGGCAAGGACUCUCAAGUUCUCGCCAACAACGUCGACUCCAAGCUCCGUGAUGACCUCGAGCGCCUGAAGAAGAUCCGGGCUCACCGUGGUCUCCGUCACUACUGGGGUCUCCGUGUCCGUGGUCAGCACACCAAGACGACUGGCCGCCGCGGCCGGACCGUCGGUGUGUCCAAGAAGAAGGGUGGUUAAGCGUUUUUCUUUGGCGUGUGGCAUUAUUUGGCACUGCUGUGCUUGGCUUUUUGGCGGUGUUAUCCCCAGGCUAAGGGGUGCUCAUGGACGGCUCGGGUUGAUUUUUUUACCUUGCGGGUUCCUCGGGGGACUCGCUGGAUUGCUAAAGGGGACCACCAUGAUACACAGCAUGACAA